ACAUUUUUCUCUUUUCUUUUCCCAUUGGACUCUCUCUUUUCAUGCCAAGACAUCCAUCAUGACCAAUCUCCUCUCUUUCUAAGUACAUAUAAUCAUGACAUAAAAUAUCAACCUCACUCGCACACCUAAAAGUGCUAGCCUAAACAAAUUAAACUUCAACUAAUGCCAAAAAAUGGAACUUAACUCUUUGUAUUCCUCAUUUGAAAUGCUUGCAAAACUUAUGAGCACUAAUGUCUCAUCUAACCAUUUUUUUGCAGUGCUUUUGGUAGUAGGUUUAGCAACCCUUUUCUUUGCAUGUAGAAGAAAAGUGCACAUUUAUUUGAUUGAUUUUAACUGCUUUUGCCCCCCAAGUUCAUAUAGACUACCUAAAGCCAUGUUUGAAGAGAACAACUUUUUUGAUGAUAUGGAACAAGAAGCUAUUGAUUUCCAAAGCAAAAUCAGUGCAAAAUCUGGAUUCAGUGAUGAAACAUCCAUUCCUCCAUGUCUUGCUCAAAUACCUAAAAGUAAAGCUCUAACCUUUGCACUUGAAGAAGCUGAGUUAAUAAUGUAUUCAGCAAUAAAAGACCUUUUACAAAAAACCAAAAUCAACCCAAAAUCCAUUGACAUUGUAAUUACUAUUAGUAGCAUCUUCUGUCCUACACCAUCUCUUAGUUCCAUGGUGGUUAACAAAUUCAAGAUGAGAAGCAACAUCAUGAGCUUUCAUCUAUCAGGUAUGGGAUGCAGUGCUGGAAUUAUAGCUGUUGGUCUUGCAAAAGACUUGUUGAGAGUUCAUAGAAACUCAUUGGCUUUAAUAGUAAGCACAGAGACACUUAGUUUAAAUUGGUACACAGGUAAAGUUCCAUCUAUGCUACUAACUAAUUGUCUAUUCAGAAUGGGAGGAUCAGCUAUACUGAUGUCAAGCAGGGUUCAAGAUAAGCAUAAGGCAAAGUAUGAGCUAAAACAUAUUGCUAGAACAAUCAAUGCAUAUGAUGAUCAAUCUUAUGCAUGUGUAUACCAGGAUGUGGAUCCAGAUAACAAACUAGGUGUAUCGAUAUCGAAGAACAUAGUCAAUGUUUGUGGAGAUGUGUUGAAGAAAAAUAUUGCUUCAUUGGGACCAUUGGUUUUACCAUGGAGGGAGCAAUUCUUAUAUGUCGUUUCAAUUAUUUAUCACAAACUUUGGAGUAGAAGAAGAAGAACAAGCAUAUAUACUCCGAAAUUCAAUAGGGCUUUUGAGCAUUUCUGCAUACAUUCAGGAGGAAGAGCUGUUAUACAAGCCAUUGAGAAAAAUUUGAAGCUAAGGAGAGAGGAUGUUGAACCAUCAAAAAUGACUCUGUACAGAUUUGGAAACACUUCAUCUUCUUCAAUUUGGUAUGAGUUGUCAUACAUUGAAGCAAAAGGGAGGAUGAAAUGUGGAGAUAGGGUGUGGCAAAUUGCCUUUGGAAGUGGAUUCAAGUGUAACAGUGCAGUGUGGAAAUGUUUAGGUGACGUGAAGCCUGAUACCACCACUGCGUGGAGAGACACUAUUCACUCAUACCCAGUAGAUAUUUUGGGAACAAACUGAUACAAAGUAUGAACAUUGUGUUGUGCUUGAUCUUUGUUUGACUUUCAUAAAUGUGUACUAAAAUAUUGUAGCUCUGCAUAAAUGAUUUAGAUUGUAAUAUAAUUAUGGAGGUA